AAACGCCGCUGUUGUUGGUUCUGUUGUUUUCCACUGGCCGCCAACAAGGGGCUCGACUCUUGGCUUCGUUGACACUAUUUGCCUCCGAUAAACUCGUUACCCGGCGAGCUCGCUUGUUCCUUUGUACCCUGGGUGGCGGUUUGAACCGCUCUGUGUAACUCUUUCCUCUGGCGGCUGUGCGUAUGUGCGCGGAACACGCGGGCGAGUUUGAACUAGUAGCUAACUUGAGCAGUGACCUCCCCGCCGAGCAGCGGCCGAGCCUCCGGAGAUGGAAUCCUUCCAGAAGGUCGAGAAGAUAGGAGAGGGCACUUACGGGGUGGUGUACAAAGCCAAGAACAAGAACACGGGAGAAACGGUCGCGCUCAAGAAGAUCAGACUGGACACGGAAACUGAAGGCGUUCCAAGCACUGCCAUCCGGGAGAUUUCCCUCCUCAAAGAGCUCAGUCACCCAAAUAUCGUCAAGUUGCAUGAUGUCAUACACACGGAGAACAAGCUGUACCUUGUCUUUGAGUUCCUUAACCAGGAUCUAAAGAAGUUCAUGGAUUCUUCCAUAGUCAAUGGUAUCCCACUCGCUCUGAUUAAGAGUUAUCUCUUCCAGCUGCUGCAAGGCUUGGCGUUCUGCCACUCCCACAGGGUUCUUCAUCGUGACCUGAAGCCACAGAACCUCCUCAUCAAUGCUCAGGGUGAGAUCAAGCUGGCUGACUUCGGCCUGGCGAGAGCGUUUGGCGUGCCUGUGCGCACAUACACACACGAGGUGGUAACACUGUGGUACAGAGCUCCCGAGAUCCUGCUGGGCUGCAAGUUUUACUCAACGGCUGUUGACAUCUGGAGUCUGGGAUGCAUCUUUGCUGAAAUGAUCACCAGGAGGGCCCUGUUUCCCGGCGACUCCGAGAUAGACCAGCUAUUCCGCAUCUUCCGCACCCUCGGCACCCCGGACGAGGCCACGUGGCCCGGAGUCACUUCCAUGCCGGACUACAAACCUUCGUUCCCUAAGUGGGCUCGCCAGGAUUUAUCCAAAGUGCUCCCUCUUCUGGAUGAGGAUGGAAGAGAUUUGCUACGAGAAAUGCUGCACUACGAUCCAAACAAAAGGUUGUCAGCCAAGAAUGCGCUUGUCCAUCGCUUCUUUCGUGACGUCACCAUGCCACUUCCUCAUCUGAGACUCUGAAUUGUGCAAAACCGCUUUAUAAAAAAAAAAAAAAAAAAAAAAAGUAGGUUCUUGUCAUGACAAUAAGCAAUAAGUGACCUCACUUCAUGGCAGGUUCAGAAGGAGGGGGGAAAAAAACAAUAGGAAGAUCAUUUGAUGCCUUUAGAAAAAUAACUGUUUGAGAUGUCCUUGUCUGUUCUUUAGACCUAACAUUGUUCUGUUAAAUAUUCAUGUGUACCUGCCAUUGUUCAGCUAAAUAUUGUCAUCCUCUGUGUGUUGGCCUUUCUAGACAUUGUAGUUUUGUACCCAAACACCCGUUUUGUUUUUUUAUAUUCAUGUUUUGGCCUUAGGGUGUCCAAAUUUUAGAAUUUAGAAAUUGAUCGCACAAGUUUUCGGGAUAGUGCAAAUACCAAUUUUCAUUGGUCAUUCCAGUUUCCUGCCCUAAGAACUCACCAAAAGUGUAAAUCUCUUUUAUUUCUCAUAUUUGUACAUACGCCGGUGAUGUUCAAAUGUUUCCUUUAUUUUCAGAUUUUACUGUCUUGUCUGCUGUCACAUCUUUCAUACACUAUAUUUUACCCGCCCUUUAUGAACCCUGUUUUAUAGCUACCGCUUGUUGACUGUUGAGAAAAAAAUAAACGUUUAUAAACCA